CUUGAUUGGACACUCAAGCUCACGUGACUCCAGUUUCAGGAAUCAGCUUCUGACAUCUGUGGCUUUUUGGAUUCAGAGGAGCAAUAAUAUUCGGGGGUGUUUCUUGAAGGUUUGUUGUAGACAGCCCCCUACUCCUUUCUGCCAUGGGGACCACCGGACGUGAAUGGCAGAUCCUCACUGCUGACUCGGAGGAGGAAGAUGAAGAUGAAUCUUCUCUUGAGGAGGCUGAGGCCACUGUGGAUGCCCGUAAGAAGUGGAGAAACAACGCAGGCUUUUGGCUUCUGGGCCUCUGCAACAACUUUGCCUACGUGGUAAUGCUGAGUGCAGCCCAUGACAUUCUCAGCCAUCAAAAAGUCCCCAGUGGCAACGGGACCAUAUCGACUCCCCUCAGCACCAAUCCAGGGAACGUCUCUAAUACCUCUCGCUAUGACUGCAACAUGAUCUCAACAGGGGCUGUGCUGCUGGCUGACAUUUUGCCCACUCUGCUGAUUAAAUUCAGUGCUCCUUUUUAUAUCCAUCUGCUGCCUUAUGGCUUGCGAGUCAUCAUUUGUGUCCUCACAGCCCUGGGCAGUUUCUUGCUGGUAGCCUUCUCGGCAGGCCCGGCCCAAAGCUUUGCAGGUGUUGUGUUGGCCAGUGUUUCAUCCGGCCUGGGCGAAAUCACAUUCUUGGCAUACACAUCUUUUUUUGACAGUGGUGUGGUAUCUGCCUGGUCUUCAGGAACUGGUGGUGCUGGCCUACUGGGGGCUCUGUCCUAUCUUGGGCUGACACAGGCUGGGAUGACCCCUCAGCACACCCUUCUCGUCAUGAACGUCAUUCCUGUCACUAUGCUGGCCAGCUAUUUGCUAUUGGCGCCGCCCCCACAAGCCCCACGCUGGGGCAGGUCUGCUCACCCUCCUGGGCCUUCAUAUCCCCAUUCUUCGACUCAUCAGCCACUUUUAGGGGGUGUGGCCUCUCUCCAAAACCAGUCACAAAAUCAUAAUAUCAGCUUACAAGAAAAGGGGCAGGUGGUCAAGAGUCUCUUGAAAUACCUCCUACCAUUGGCUGUUGUGUAUUUUGCAGAGUACUUCAUCAACCAGGGUCUGUUUGAGCUGCUGUAUUUCAAACAAGCACCGCUGACCCACCCACAACAAUACCGCUGGUACCAGAUGCUCUACCAAGCCGGAGUCUUUCUUUCCCGUUCCUCCGCUAGCUGUGUACGGAUUCCCCAUAUAUGGGUCCUGGCAGUGCUGCAGUGCCUGAACAUGGUGUUCUUCCUGGCCGCCGUAUACUUCAUGUUUUUGCCCAGCGUUUAUUUGGUUUUCGUUCUCAUCGUCUACGAGGGGCUGCUUGGAGGAGCAAGUUACGUGAACACCUUCCACUGUGUCAGUGCAGAGAGCCAGCCUGAGCAUCGGGAGUUUGCCAUGGGAGUGGCGUGUGUAGCCGACACACUGGGCAUAUCGCUUUCAGGUGCCUUGGCCAUCCUGGUCCACAACUAUUUCUGUUCUCUCUCCUGAGGCCGGCUUUAACGAGAAACCAACAGAUGCCUCUGCGUGCCAAGUCUGUGCCCCAAAGGUGCAGACCGAUCAUGCUCUACGAGUUCCAAGUCAGGAGCUCCUAAUGUUUUUGGGGUUUUUUGUUAACUCAUGGCACUUAUGGGUCCAACACAGAUUGGGACAAAAGCCAGAAGAGGAUUUAAGCCUUUCUCCUCAUGCCAUUUGGCCAACCUCAGUACAGCUCUAGAGACUUACUACUUGCCUGACUGGGGAAACAUACAGAUACUGAUCAUAUGAGUACUGUAUAAUACCUAGCACAUAUCAGAUUAGACCCUGAGUGGUGAACAAGACAAGUAAAACUUUAGCCUGUACACUUUUCUGCCUGUAAAGGAAGAAAGAAGCCACACUGGAGUCAGGGCGUCUCUCCUUAUAAAAGGCUUGAAGCGUGAUAUUUA